AUGGCACCAGGAGCAAAAAGCGAUGACACAUGUGAGUAUGGAUUUGGUUAUGAUUACAAAACUGACGAUUACAAAUUGGUAAGGCUUGUGAUCGACUGGGAUUUAAAGUGUUCUGAUGUUGAUGUCAAUACAUUAGGAUCAAAUACAUGGAAAAACACUCCAAGCAUACCUUACUAUCCUUAUUACCAAGGAAUUUCUGGUGUGCUCUUUAAUGGAGUUCUUCACUGGAUUGCACGUAUCUUUGGAAAUGACUCCACUGUGAUGAUCUGUUUUGAUAUAGUCAAUGAGAGAUUUGAGGAGGUAGCAGUUCCAGAAGCACCUAUGCCAUAUCAAAAAGAACCUAAUUGGGAAGGAAAUGUGUUCAGUAUGACUGUGGGAGUAUUGGAAGGGUACCUAUGUUUAGGUCUUCAUGUUUUCAAUGUCUGCGUUGAUGUAUGGAUGAUGGAAGAUUAUGGAGUGCAAAAAUCUUGGAUUAAAAGUUUCUCCAUUACCCAGAAAAGUAUAACUAAUAGCACAUAUUGUGCGUUAAUAUGGAGUUUCAAGAACAAUGAGAUUUUAUUGGAGGUUGACGACAAAAAUUACAGAAAACUGAGGUUGGAUUUUCAUUUCACUGAAAGGUUUACCAUAGCACGGACUUAUAUGGUUAGUUCAGUUUCUCUUUAA